GCUUUGUUAACUUCGAAAAUGUCAUCUAUACAAUUGAAACGAGGAGCUAGCGACAAGUCUUUGCCCCCUGUCGAACAACAAGCAAAGAUUGAUGAUGUUAGGAAACUAAUUGGCCCAGUAGAUGACAAACUACCAGAACUUUGUUCGGAAGCAUCAAUAUUAAGAUUCCUCAAAGCAAGGAACUGGAGUACAAAGAAGGCAAGCAAAAUGUUAAAUGAAACGUUGAAUUGGAGACUUCAAUACAAGCCAGAGGCAAUCCGAUGGGAAGAUAUUGCUCAAGAAGCCGAGACAGGGAAAAUUUACAGAGCAAAUUACUGCGACAAACUUGGGAGGCCUGUUCUUGUCAUGAGACCCGGUCUCCAGAAUACAAACUCACCAACGGGGCAGAUCAAAUACUUGGUUUAUUGCAUAGAAAAUGCCAUAAUGAAUAUGGCUCGAAAUCAAGAGCAGAUGGUUUGGCUUGUUGAUUUCCAAGGGUGGACAAUGGCAAGCAUAUCGGUUAAGGUGACAAAGGAAACUGCUAAUAUCUUGCAGGAACACUAUCCAGAGAGACUCGGCAUAGGAAUCCUCUAUAAUCCACCAAAAAUAUUUGAAUCUUUCUGGACGAUGGUAAAGCCAUUCCUUGAGCCUAAGACACACAAGAAAAUGAAAUUUGUCUACUCCGAUGAUCCAAAGAGCAUGACAGUUGUUGAAGAAAUUUUUGAUUUGAAUGUACUGGAUGUUGCAUUUGGUGGGAGAAGCGCAGCCGGAUUCAAUUACAAAGCAUACGCGCAACAGAUGAAGGAGGAGGAUGUCAAAAGGUUGAAUUAUGUUCGCUCCGGUUGUUCAUCGCCAUAUUCUUAUCCUUCAUCAAGUUUGUCAGAAUCACAACGAGAGGCGAUGGAUUUAGAUCGUGAUUCUAACGCCUCGAAUGAAGGCAGAUUAUCAGCCGUCGAGGAACAAGUACAACAAGCAAGUUGACGGAAAGAUUCGAUCCGGUCUCGAGC